CUCAACUCAUUCUAGUUGUAAAAAUGCAGCAAGGAUGAUGCCUCUUAUGGGGUGAUGACAUAGAAACCAGGUCCUGCUUUUGCGGUGAUUGUUGGUGGUUUGAUUUGCUUUUGUGAUGUCAAUUUUACUCCUGAAGAAUCAGCUGCCCCCUUAAGGAGAGUAUUUAUACUUAGAGUCUAUCACCAUGGAGACAGUCAACAGUAGGAAAUCCAAGAUCAGGUCACCUCUCUCUGGAAGCUGAUAGUGGACUCUCAGGGCCCUUUUAUUCUGUGAAGUUAGCAGGGUGUCACCUAUUACCACUCCUUCUGACUACCGAAAAGAGAAAAAGGCAUCCCAAGCUCAGCAACUUCAUAACAUCUCCCACCCCCGAAACCUUAGACUGUGUUGUCAAAGAAGCUUGGGGCAAAUCCUUACCAUGCAGUUUCUUACUUCAGUAAGUCCACAGUCAUUCUCCACUCCAAGCUGGAAGACUGAGACCAAGUAUUCAACCAGAGUGCUCACUGGAAACUGGUUGGAGGAGAGGAGGAAGUUUACGAAAGCCACAGAGAGAACACCCCAGACCAUUUAUAGAAAAGAGUACGUCCCCUUCCCAGGCCACAGACCCGACCAGAUCUCCAGGUGGUACAGCAAGAGGAGAGUUGAGGGGCUCCCAUACAAACACCUGAUCACCCACCACCAGGAGCCCUUGCACUGCCAUCUGAUCAGCACGUACGACGACCAUUACAAUCGGCGUAACUAUAACCCAGGCUUGCCCCGGCUCCGCACGUGGAAUGGACAUAAGUUGCUGUGGCUCCCAGAAAAAGCUGACUUCCCCCUUCUUGCUCCCCCUACAAACUACGGACUCUAUGAACAGUUGAAGCAGAGAUGGCUCCCACCACCUGAGGUCACCCGGAGGGAGAGCAUUUACACAUCCGCCUACCCCAGACCACCAUCAGGUGCUAUGUCUUGGCGGGAGCAUGCGAUUCCGGUGCCUCCCCCUCGCCUGCAGCCUGUCCCACACUUCUGAGAACUGCCACCCUGUCACAGCACAGGUGGAAUCACCUGGAGACCCACCACAUCGUCGGAACUGCCAGACAGCAGGUGGCUGCAGAUAUACCCCGAGUUUCACAUCAGGCCCAUCUGAAAUGCGCUUGGAAUCAUGGUCUGUGUUUUAAUGGUUUCCACCCCUCUUUCAAACGCAAGGUUCCUUUCUUUUCCAGCCCACAAAUAAAGCCCUUUGACACAAGG